GAUGCCACAACAGAAACAGGUCUUUGUCUUUCUGUUCUCUCUACAGGACCAUGCACCAAUUUCAUUCCAGAGGUAUCUGAAACCAGCACUUCCACUGCCUACCCCUGCCACAGGCUCCGUAAAAGACCCAGCGUUUGCCAUUUUAACCCAGACCAACACUGCCGACUUUCCACUCUUCAACAGCCACAAUAGCACAGACCAAUACACCAUGGGGAAUGAAACUAUAGACUACACCGACUGGCCACUGACAACAGAAUUUGACUAUGGCGAUUCGACACCGUGCAUGGGAACUGAGGAAAAGCACUUUGCAGCAAAAUUUUUGCCACCUCUUUAUUCUUUAGUGGUGAUAUUUGGCCUGACAGGCAACAUGCUUGUUGUCCUUAUCCUGGUAAAAUACAAGAAGCUGAAGAGUAUGACUGACAUCUACCUGCUCAACUUGGCGAUUUCUGAUCUGCUCUUUGUAUUUUCUCUCCCUUUUUGGGCUUAUUAUGCAGCUCACGAGUGGAUUUUUGGGGAGGCGCUGUGUCGAAUUCUGUCAGGUGUCUACCUCCUUGGCUUCUACAGUGGCAUCUUCUUCAUAAUCCUGCUGACCCUGGACAGGUACCUGGCCAUAGUGCACGCGGUGUUUGCUCUGAAAGCCAGGACAGUUACCUACGGUGUCCUCGCCAGCGUCGUCACUUGGGCCGUUGCUGUUUUGGCUUCUGUUCCUGGGGUAGUAUUCCAAAAAACUCAGAAGGAAAGUUCAGGCUAUACUUGCAGUGCUCAUUAUCCAAGUGAUUCCACAAUAAAUUGGAAGUACUCUUUUAUUUUAAAGAUGAACAUUCUGGGACUUUUUGUUCCAAUGCUCAUUAUGAUUUUCAGUUACUCACAAAUUCUAAAAACAUUAUUGAGAUCUAGGAAUGAGAAAAAACAGAAGGCAGUCAGACUUAUUUUUGUAAUCAUGAUUUUUUACUUCAUCUUCUGGACACCAUUCCAUAUUUCUUCUUUUUUGCAUACAUUUCAAAAUUCACUUUUCGUCCCAAAUUGUGAACUUAAAGGUCAACUGGAGAAAGCAAUUCAAGUGACAGAAACUAUCUCAAUGAUCCAUUGUUGCAUCAAUCCCGUGAUUUAUGUAUUUGUUGGAGAAAAAUUUAGGGCAUAUCUUUAUACCUUUUUCCGAAAGCAUGUCGCUCCUCACCUUUGCAAAAAAUGUCCAAGUCUUUAUCGUGAAAAAUUGGAAAGAGUCAGUUCCACAUUCACACAAUCCACUGCGGAGCAUGACAUCUCUACUGGACUGUAAAAAUACAUCAGAACAUUGGUUAGCAAAUUUUGCAUCACUUGCUUUGCCUUAAGGAGUGCCUGACAUUAUUUAAGAUCUUUAUGUCAACCACUACUGAAAACUGUAUGACCCCCUAUUCUUGUGGUCAACUGUUCCCUGGGAUUACAGCAUUUUCCAUUGCUAAACUAAGAGAAUCAAUGAGCUCUUGAGGAAACAUUCACGGCAUAUCUGGGUCACAUCAGGAUUUAAACAGGUCCCAGACAAAUGAUUGUGCUUUUUUACAAAAAUCUAUCCACUGAGGUUUACUGAGAGAGGAAUACAAUAUUGAAAAUUCUAAGCAGUAAUAAGACCACAAGAUCUUACUGGGACCAUUUAACCCACAAUUUUUUCUGUUUUGCAAAUAGUGCAGUCAUUUUUAAACAUAAUUCUUUAACAGCUUUAAGUUAUAGCAUUUUGAUUUUUGCUUUUUAAUUUUAUGCCUGCCAUAUCACCAUUCAGUUGCUGACUUUUUCCAAAGGGUGCUUUUAAUCAACAACAUUGUGAUUUUGUGGGUGCAAUUCUUCAAGCAACUGCACACACCAAGUUUACUGACUGCACAAGACAAUGAUGCACUCCUAACUGACAAGUCAUAUCCCCGCAAGAAAAUAAAAACCAAAACAAAACGAAACCAAUAAAGGCCCUUCAGCAAAGAUCUGCAAGACUGGAAUGAAAAUUACCUUGGUAUGUGCUAUGCAAGUUUCUGUAUGAGCAAAAUAUCAGGACCCUCUGAAGGAUGUGAGCACAGUACUGAGAGCAGGCCGCCCUAGUUCUGGACAGGUAAAUCAUGUGCAGAAGAAGAGUUGGCACAGCAACACAUGACACUGGUGUGUCAGGGUAGGUUCCUGCAUGGGAAAAACAUGCUCUUCACACACACAGCAACUCUGACUUUUUGGAUACACUUCUAGGAAGACAGUGGCCUUGGAACUGCAAAAUAAGCCAAUUCCAGACAAGGCAUACCUUUCUGCCUUCCCAGGAGAAGAGUGCCUCUAGCCAACUGGUGCCUCAAUGAGAACUGCAUGCUGAUUGAAGACUCAAGACCAUUGGCCUACUGGUGUGCAAUGACCAUAUAUUUAUUCCAUUAUUGAGAGUUUCCCUGUAAAAGAAAGGAAUUCUAGGGACAUGGGGUUAGCAAAGAAGAGGAAGGAGGAACAUAGCAGACAAUUUCCUACUUCAAACUGUAAAGAAGUGCAGGUGAGCACUCCUUAUGCAAGUGAGCUGUCCUUCUGGUUUUCCCCCCAUUUCCUUGGAAGGGCACAGCUCAUGCGUGCAAGGACUUGCUCAUGGAAAUCUGGAGGGGCAUGUUCAACUAACCUCCAGCACGGACACCAGAGGGAAUUCCAUGCUACUUAAGGUCAGGCAUGUGAUGUAGAUGCUUGAAUUAGCAGCAAAUCUCUUCAAGGCCCCUCAGUGGUCAGUAGAGAAUAAGAAGUGCCUGAGCCAGAAGCAGUCAUGGGAUUUAGUCUCAAGGGAAGAUUAACUGUCCAGCUGUGGAAGGAACCUGAAAAUGUCAGCCUCUUAAUUUGGGGAUCAGAUGCCUCCAUCUAGGUGGUGCAAAAACUCUUCUUCCUCUUGCCUCAAAAUGCCUGGGCACUGCUUUUGUUUGUUAGCUCUUAUAACAUCAGCUAUUGUAAUGUAACCUUUUGAGGUUAAUAGCCACAGAUAGACUACACAAAAGACCAAAAACUGUCCUUACAGUAAACUUUCUAGAUUAAAAGUAAUCCUUUUCCUUUUUUUUUCUAGUCUCUUUACUGAAACAAUGUGAAAGCACCUUUGUAAUUUUCAAGCAUAAAUUAGGUCAGUGCAAUACAAAUCCUACUGUAACGGUGAUAUUUCUAUUGCUGUGUUUAACUGUAAAUCCUUCUCUUGUUGGAAUGAAAUUUCUUCCUGUUUUCAU